UGCACAACAUCCCUUAUUCUCAGCGCGGGCACCACGGGCACGAGUACCCACAAGUGCCGCAGUUUGGCUACAGUUUGUAAUACGUUAGUCAUUGCUACGUGACCGCAUGUUGGAGGUAUUAAAUGAGUGAACCGGGCACUAACGCACCAGACUGAGGAGUUGGAAGACUACGGAAUAAGAUCAUUCAUGCAAUAAAGAAUUUUGGCGUCUGCUGUUUUGUUUGUGCCGCAAUUAAAUGACUUUGAAAACAGAACAAAAGAAAGAAGAGCUUUAUUCAAGAGGAUGUAUUUUUUAAAGUUGUGGACCAGAAGAAGCGCCUAAUAUUUGACAGUUGUACUACUAUUAUUUCAUCACCCAAUCUACAAAUUUGUACUCCAAUUGUUUUUUUCACGCAAACUGUAAAUUUCUUAAUAUAAUUAAAUAACCUCACAUGGAACUCAACUGAGGUGUUUGACGCAUGCCAUGCGUAAAUAGCCUUACACGAAACUUGAGCAAUACUUAUGCGUUAUUCUAAUAUAACCGCUUGGUAAUUAUGUCAGCUAUUAGAAGGAAAUUCGGUGACGACUAUCAGGUUGUUAACACGAGCCGAGGUGUUUCUUUUUCCGCACCAGCCAAAAGAAAGCGCCAACGUUUUGUGGAGAAGAACGGACGCUGCAAUGUCCAACACGGUAACCUUGGUGGAGAGACCAGCAGGUACCUCUCCGAUUUGUUCACCACGCUGGUAGAUUUAAAGUGGCGCUGGAAUUUACUCAUAUUCCUUUUGACCUAUACAGUCGCAUGGCUCAUAAUGGCAUCUAUGUGGUGGAUAAUCGCUUAUAUCCGCGGAGACCUUGGCCGUAGCCACGACGACUCGUACACCCCGUGCGUCGCCAACGUUUACAACUUUCCUUCGGCUUUUCUGUUUUUCAUUGAGACCGAGGCAACUAUCGGGUACGGAUACCGAUACAUAACGGAGAAGUGCCCCGAAGGCAUAAUACUUUUCCUUUUCCAGUCGCUUUUGGGCUCAAUUGUAGACGCGUUCCUCAUCGGAUGCAUGUUCAUUAAGAUGUCCCAGCCGAAGAAGCGAGCCGAGACGCUCAUGUUCAGUCAAGACGCGGUCAUCUCUCAGCGCGAUGGCAAGCUGUGCCUCAUGUUUAGGGUCGGGAACCUUAGGAACAGCCACAUGGUCUCAGCACAGAUCAGGUGCAAACUCAUAAAGUCACGCCAGACCCCUGAGGGGGAGUUCCUGCCUCUAGACCAGAGGGAGCUGGAUGUGGGGUUUGGGACGGGUGCCGACCAGCUCUUCCUCGUCUCUCCGCUCACCAUCUGCCACGAGAUCAAUCCAAAAAGUCCUUUCUUCGACCUGUCUCAGCGCUCUCUCAUGAGCGAGCAGUUUGAGAUCGUCGUCAUCCUGGAGGGGAUCGUAGAAACCACAGGUAUGACAUGCCAGGCUCGUACGUCCUACACGGAGGACGAGGUGCUGUGGGGCCACCGCUUCCUGCCUGUCAUGUCCCUGGAGGAGGGCUUCUUCCGGGUCGACUACUCACAGUUCCACAGCACCUUCGAAGUGCCCACGCCACCCUACAGCGUGAAAGAGCAAGAAGAGACAUCCUGCCUGCCCUCGCCGGCGCCACCCCUCACGCCGACCCCCGGCGACCCGCGCGGCCGCAGAGAGCGUAUCUUCUCCCUGGACGGCGUCCCCGUCGCCGAGGGCACCGCCUGCAGGCUACCCAGCAAGCUGCAGCGCAUGAGCUCCAGGAACGGCAAAGGGGCCCUGAAGGCCGCAGGAGCGCAGCCCGCCGAGAAAGCUUCCAGCACGGGCGACCUGCCCCUGUGUGUGCAGCGCCUGGGCUCGCUGGCCGGCCCGGACGAGCCCGAGACCCGGCUGGAGCUGAAGGCCCUCCGUGUGAGCUCAGAAGCGCACACCCAGUCGGCGGGAGAGCUGGAGCACCACAGACCGCCUUCGGUGGCGGCUCCCGUCCCCGGGCCCAACCUCCACCCGCUGCCGGCGCCCGGCGGCCGGCCCGAAGACAACCUGCCGGCCAAACUACGCAGGAUGAAUGCGGACCGCUGAGCCGUGAACCGAGAGGUGUACAAUGUCGGCCACGACUCGGAUGGACAGAGAGGCGUUUUGGGGGGAACGGGGAAACGGGACUUUACCAAGAUUUUAACAUGCUCCUAUAUGCUAUAGGGAGGCUUCAAUUGGACUAUACUGUGAUUCUUUUAAAUUGAAUGCAAAGGAAACAGCCAUGUCUCGCCCUGCUUUGUUCAAGAAUAACUGAUUACUGUGUCAGCGAUAGCAGCAACUUAAGUUCGGCCAAGCUGAGAAGAAAUGUUCAGUUUCAUUGCUGCAGUGCAAAAAUAUUCACAUAAAUGACACCAUCUUGUUGAUUUACUCUUGACUGGUCAAAUUGAAUCAUAAUCUGUUUUCACUUCUGACAAAUCUACACUUUCAAAGCAUUGUUGAGAACUGACUUAUUUUAAAGAUGCACUCUGGUAUGUAAAGGCUGUACAGAAUGAAAGGUUAAUGGUAUGUGUAACUUUAACCAAGACACGACUUAAAUGUCCACAUAACUGUGCUCGUGGCAACAGACUGUGAAUUGUGCACCUACUAUCACUGCACCUCGCGAGGUGACACUACACUAUGAGGCAAAAACAUGGACUUCAACAUGCUUCUCCUAUCUUUGCAAUAUAGAACUGCCAAACGCAGGGUGUUGAGCUAUGUAAACUUAGGCGUUCUCUUCUAUACUGAGAUCACAUUUAAAUAAUAUUUUCAUCUAUUCAAAGGUUAUAAUAAAUUAUUU